AUGACAACAACCAUCGGAAUCAUUGGCGCCGGCCACGUCGGCUGUGCGCUCGCGUUCGAUCUCUCCGCGAGAGGGAACGAUGUAGUUCUCAGGACCAUGGCGGGCCAUCCAGGGAACACUCCCAAAGAUUCUGGACAAUAUCGGCUUCCUGGCUGCCACUGGGAAGUUCAAGGGUUGUGGUCCCGUUCGAGUCGGCGACGGGCUCUCACAGCUGAUAGAACACGACCUGAGCGGCAAGAUACUCAUCUUCAUCACCAGCAACUCCGCCGCCGUCAAAGCCCAUGUCAUGACCAACGCGAGAGCCUUCCUCGAGACAGCCACCUCGCCGUACAGCUCUCGCGUCAGCGCCGACGGCAGCGUCAGCGUCCGCGGCGUCAAGAAGCGGCUCGCCCUCAGCGUCCUCGCGCGCGACAUGGCCCCCGACGACCUCACCAAGAACGCCUCCCUCUUUCGGAUGCCCAUCGGGUGGUGCCCCAGCGUACUCGAGACCUUCCUGUCCGGCGUCAACGGCGUCGUGCACGUGCCGACCGCGCUGAUGAGCCUCGGCUGGAUGGAGGCCACCGGCGGCGACUUUUACUUUUACCGGCAGGGCAUGGGCCCCGGCGUGCGCGUCGCCUCGGUGGUGGACACGUACAAUCGCAACUACGGCACCAGCGCGGCGACCUUUUGCGAGUUCGUGGGCGCGACGGCGGCGCACAACGCGACAAAGGACGCGCAGAGGCGCUUCCUCUACCAGGACGUGCCCUGCUGGCUGGUGCUCUGCUCGGAGCUGGGGCGGCGCGCGGGCGUGACAACCACGUCCAUCGACACGAUGACCGUCUUGGCGUCGAUCCUCACGGGAAAGGACUACAGGAAGACGGGCAACACGCUCAGGUCGGCUCGGCCUGGACGGCGCUACGGUGGAGGAGUGGCCGGCUGCUCUGUGAUGCCGGGACCCUGCCAAGAUGUGAUUUCGGAUGUAUACGAAAGAUAGUGGCACGACUGAGAGAUGUUCAGAGUAGUUACGAAAUUGAGACUGUUCUUCCGUCCUUGUGCGACGUGCUGGGUGGUGAUCUCCUCUACUCCGAAACUCGUCGACAUGCGACGGACGCCAUUUGUUGGAACGCGCAUAGCUGGAUAGAAAGGGCCCAUGGAAAUGCGGCGAAGACUGCACUUGAUGACUGGGAGGAUGGGCAGAUACGCCACAUUGCGCGUCUUACGUCGCUGGCCGAGAAUCCGUACGAGAUGCCGUACAUGGCCGGCGAGAUGUAG